AUGUCAGCCGAACAACCAGCAGCAGCGGCGCCGUCGCCGGCUGACCCUCACCAACCGACACACAGCUACACGCCCAACCAGGGCUAUGAUCGCGACACCGUCCCCCCAGAGGUGCGGAUGCACCGUGGCGCGCCCGCCGACCCCUCGCCCAACGACGAGAACGAGGAAGACGACUACGAUGACAUCUUUGACGGCAACGAGUCCGCCGAGGAGUGGGAUCCCGAGUCGGGCGACCUCACAAAGAACUACAACCGCCAGCGAGGCAUGAAUGCACCCCGAUCGAAUACCCAGAAACCUUCCGCCAACACCUUCGCCAGCGUCGACGACCAAGUCUCUGCCCUCUCCAAGCACGCAGCCAAGAUCCGCCUCGACGAUGUCAAGCAAGGCGAGGACAGGGAGAAGGACAAGGCCGACCGGGCGACGAGCGACCAGGUGCUCGAUCAGCGCACCCGCAUGAUCCUGCUGCAGAUGAUCAACCGCGGCGUCGUCAGUGAGGUGCACGGUGCCAUCAGUACCGGUAAAGAGGCCAACGUGUACGGCGCCGUGUCGCACGACGACCAGGGCGAGGCCAUCCAGAGGGCGAUCAAGGUCUACAAGACAAGCAUCCUCGUCUUCAAGGACCGCGAGAGGUACAUCACUGGCGAGCACCGCUUCAAGGGAGGCUUCGACAAGGGCAACAACCGCAAGAUGGUCAAGCUGUGGGCGGAGAAGGAGUACAGGAACCUGCGGAGGAUAUACAGCGCUGGCAUCCCGUCCCCGGAGCCUCUCUCCCUCAAGCUGCACGUCCUGGCCAUGAGCUUCCUCGGCGACCGCAAGGGCUGGGCCUACCCUCGCCUGCGCGACGCCACGAUCGAGGACCAGGAUGAGUGGCGGAUGCUCUACAUCCAGCUACUCGGCUUGAUGAGGAAGAUGUUCCAAGUCUGCCGUCUCGUCCACGCCGAUCUGAGCGAGUACAACAUUCUGUACCACAAGCAGACGCUGUACAUCAUCGACGUGUCGCAGAGUGUCGAGCCCGACCACCCUCGUUCUCUCGAGUUCCUGCGCAUGGAUAUCAAGAAUGUUGGCGACUUCUUCCGGAGAAAGGGCGUCGACACGCUCACCGACCGCAUGAUCUACGACUUUAUCACUGCUGCCGACCUGCCCACUGACGAGCCCGCCAUGGGCGAGGCUCUCGAGAAACUCUACGAGUCGCGCCCCGAUGAGGGGGAUGAGGAUGCGAUGCAAGUUGACAAUGAGGUUUUCCGCAACCAGUACAUCCCCCAGACAUUGGAGCAGGUCUACGACGUGGAGAAGGACGGCCAGAAGCUGGAAAAGGGAGGCGGCAAGGAUCUCGUGUACAGCAAUCUGCUCGCCGAUUCUGUCGUCGACAAGGGCCAGGACGAAGGCCAGAAGCAGGAGGACGACAGCGCUGAGGGCACAGAGUCCGACGAUGGCGCUGCGCUGGACAGCGACGACUCUGACUUUGACGACUCGACGAGCAGGCCGCGCGGAAAGCGAUUCGAAGAUAAGGAUGAGAAGAAGCAACACAAACAGGCUGUGAAGGAAGCGAAGCGCGAGAAGAGAAAGGAGAAGAUGCCGAAGCAUUUGAAGAAGAAAAUCGUCAGCAGCACUUCUCGCAAGAAGAAAUAG